CAACAACAUCCAUUGAAUUUCCCCUUCAUUCGUUACCAAUGCCUUACAGAAACGACAGGAAAAAGUCUGCAAAAAGAAACCCAGACUCCAUUAUCCAUGGCCGCGUUCCUAGCAAAAAAACUAUCAAGAAACAUUUAAGAAAUGGCAAAUAUUCUUUAAAGCGUCUAGCUGAACAAGGCAUCCAUUUAGACGAUGCUAUGAUGGAAAUCGAAGCUGUGAGCGGCAACAAAGAAAAGAAGAACAAGAAUAAGCUGUUUGGAAAUUCUGAAGAGCAACAGCAAGAUAACUUUAUGAGCGUCGAUCAACCAACGGGCAAUGGCACGAUUCUUGGUGCACCUCCAUCUUUUUAAGUGUUAUAUUCAUAUACUGCAACUAGUUUUUGGGUUUAAAUAAUAUUGAUAGGGUUUGGAUUUUCAAAGAAUCUUUCAUAAACUAAACAUGGAUCGUAUUCAUAAGCAUUGUCAU